AGUAGGAAAUGGUCACCCCUUCAUCUUAAGCGUGUCCUCUUCUUAACGACUACUACUUCCUACCUUCUCCUUCACCCCCUCCCCUUCCCCUUCACCCAACUCCCUUUUCCUCCUCUCUCCCCCCAAUUUCCCAUCCUAUCGCAUCUUGUUCCGUCUGCACUCAAUUCCUCCACGAUUUGGUUGAGGUUGCUAGGCGGUUCGAUGUUCCUUGGUUGAUCCCGCUUCUUUUUGCCUCCCAAAUCUCAACGCCCUCGAAGACUCGGCAUCUUAAAUCAACUACAAAGAGCCUCGAGCCCCUCCAAGGUCAUUAGAAUAGUCUUGAGUACAAGUGCUGAAGUCCCCUUACUACGGGGACUGUAGCAGCUUCGUCAAUCGGUCUUCGCGACCUACGACGCAAUCUGGCCUUUAGGAGAAGCCGAGAUCUGGCUUUCCCCUUGUCCUUCAAUCACCUGCCGUGCCAUCACCCUCUCAGCCUAAUGAUUUGAAGCUGAAUUGAAACCCCGCGAGAGAUCGCUUGUUACUAGUUUCCCUGUCUCUUCACUAUUUUUUAUUUCUUUCUCCCCUUUUCAGUUAUUCCUCUGAGAUCCUUGCGACCGUUUUUCUGCGCCGAGUUGUCAUACCGUGCGCGAUCACUGUCGCAAGAUAUUUGAAAACGUGCCUUGUUUCAAUUUCUGAUCACGAUUUGCUACGUUGGCUCAACGAUUUACACACAAUAAACGUAUGCAUGACCCUCGGGAAAUUUAUUUAUCAUUGGCAUGUCUCAGACUAACCAUAAGAUUGGAUAUAGCUCUGACGAUGAUGAACCCUUAUCUCAGUUGGGCUAUCCUGCUCGUUGUAGCAGGUGGCCUGGGCUGGUACUAUAAUGGCCCUGUCCCCAAAACGAAAACCCCCAUAAAGCCCGCCGUUGUGGAAAAGACCGAGAGCUCGGUGGCCACGAAGAAACCCAAGAAGAAGGCCAAGAAAUCUCCGGAACCCUCACCUGCCCCCGCCGUUAAGGUUGAGGAAAAGCCCGUGUACACUCCCCAAGCCCAGGAGGCUGAUGUGCAGGACGAGGAGAUCGACAAGAAAGAGAUGGCCAAGCGCUUCGCCGCCGUAAAGAACGGAAUUCCUCUCAAGGAGACCAACAGGGACAGCAAGAGUGGCAGCAAGGCCCAGAAGAAGAACAGGAAUGGACCUUCCAGCCAUCCUGUCGCCGGUAACAACGAGCGAUCUGCCUCCCGCGUUUCCACACGUACCUCGUCCACUACUGGAGCCGAGGCUGAUGAUGAUCUCUCUCCUGCUGGUUCCCCCAAGGUUAAUGCUACUGUCUCUUCCGCUGGAUAUGUUUCGGAUAUGCUCGAGGCUCCCGCUCCCCCGGCGUCGGUCCUCCGUGUAACGGGCUCUCUGGAGUCGGAAUCCCAGAAGAAGAAGCAGAAGCCCCAGUCCUUCAAGCAAGUCGAAACCAAGAAGCAACGCCAACAACGCCUGAAGAAUGAAGCUCGGAAGCAGCAGGUUCAGGAGGCCGAGGAGGAGCGUCGUAAAUUGCUUGAAAAACAGCUCCACACGGCCCGCGAAGCUGAGCGUCGUGAAGCUGCUAAGUCGAAGCCGGCUGCUGCUCAAACCAAUGCCUGGCAGACAAAGAGCAUAAACAACGUUACCAAUGACACCCCCAAGACCACCCCGGCCCCCAAGGUCGAACUGCUGGACACAUUCGAGCCUGAAACCUCAUCAGCUGCCGCAUCCGCUAAGGAAUGGGACCAGGGUCUUCCAUCUGAGGAGGAGCAGAUGCGCAUCCUCGGCGCGGAGAAGGGUGAGGACCAGUGGACUACCGUGUCCAGCAAAAAGAUCAAGAAGAAGGGCGGCAAAACCGAUGAGAGUGAAGCUAGCGCUGUUGAAGACCAACCUACUCCGGCUGCCCCUGUCCCUGCCCCCGUUGAACCCAAGGUGAAGAUCACUCCUACUUACCUUCCUGAUAUCCUCCGUUCCAACAAGAAGGGGCAUCCUCUUGACUCCGAUUGGGCUGCUUAAGCGGUCUUUGCACUCCUUGCGAGGACAAGUUGAGGCUGUACCUUUCCUUUUAAGUUUCAUUUAUGGGAAUCUUUUCGAUUUCACUGUAUGUAUUAUUCAUGGCUUCGGCGUUUGGGGUCCUUUACAACACCAAAAAUGCACCGCGCAGCCGGCGAGGUGUUUGAUUCCUUUCCGCGGAUUCAGCGAAGGAAAUAUCCUCAACCACAAAAAUCAAAGAAAGCCACCCCCACAAAAAAAAAUAGAGCCGUGUAAUAUCCUUUUCUUUUAUUUGUGUACUGCUCCGAAAUUUUCUUCCAUUUUUUUUUUAUCUUUUAUUUAUCUUACUUCCAUUUGUUUUAUAACACUUAUCUGAUUGAUAAUUACGGAUGAAAAGACGUUUGAUCUAUGGCCGGAUUCCGGGCUUUUAACAAUAUCAUGCUUAUUACUUAUUAUAAA